GGAAACUCAACGAAGAAGACAAUGAUGUUGUGACAUUGCGCAUGCGCUCGCAAUUUAAAUCGCUUUCUGGAAAUAUUUUGAAAAGCAAUUCUCCAAUGAUUUCAAUGCUGCACGUAAUGGUUACCGAUUAAAUAUGUCUAACAAGUAAACGGUAACAAUGGAUUACAGUUUUGAUGCUGCUGAAGACGAAGCAGGGGGGACAUGCUCACCACUGAGAGGCGCUCUCUCUCCAGAAACGGAACGUAACCCAUCACCUCCUCCGGACACAUCCGACGGAGAUGAGGCUGAAGUUACUGAUGCUAUUGGCGACACAGUGUACAGCAAGCACUGGCUUUUCAGCACACUGUCCCGCCUCAUCCAGAUGGUCACAAAAUCUCCAGAGGAGUCAGAUGGUCAGAUCCAUCUCACUGAUGAUGAGGAAGAAGAUCUGUGUCGCGUUUGGGACAUGGCGAUGGAUAAGGACGUGGCUGGCUUCCUGCAGGAGUUCAAAGCUCCAGAGAUCCUUCUUGGAGUGAUAGCCAAAUCUCGUAAUCCACGGUUGACAGAAAUUUGCGUGGGAAUACUUGGAAACAUCGCUUGCUUUCCAGACACUUGUUUGACUCUUAGCCAAAAUGAAGAUUUGGGGGCUGUGCUGUUGCUUCUGUUGGGGGAUGCAGAUCCGCCAACCCUUCUUGAGACUAGCAGGUUGAUUCUGACCUGCGUUUCCCAAAAAGAUGUCAGUUCCCUUUGGCUUCAGCGAAUACGACAGCAGACGUCUGUGCGCGGCAACCUCCUUUUCAUCAUGUCCAGUUCAACCAACACGGACCUGCUUGAAAAAGUCGGCGAGCUCGUUGACAAGCUGUUUGACCUUGAUGAGGAGCUGAUGAAAGGUUGGAUCACAGCUCGGCCUAGUGAGGAGGGCGAUGCUGGUGACAGCUGUCUGGAUUUAGCCCCAUGCCUUCUUGAGGCUGCCAAGCAGCUUAGAGCAGAGAGUCCAAAUGGCCUGGAGGUUUACCUUCAUGUCUUGCAGCUCUUAACUACUGUAAAGGAGGGCAUUCAAAUGUUUGCUUCCAGUGGAGGACCAGGAAAAGCUGUCUGGAAUUUUGUGUGUGAGGUUGUCUGCGAUGACCUCUGCCAGCCAAAUGAUCUUGCAGUUGUUCUGCAGGAACAGAAAGGUUCUUUGGUGCAGGCCUUUUCUGUUUUACAAGCGCUCUAUGGAUUCCAUGAGGAGUGGGAAAGCAAGGAUGACACAAGUCUGCCCCUUGUUGGAACCAUUUUCCAGCUGAUACAGUACCAGAGUGAGCACAAAGAGUCUACUAAGGAGGAAGAUGCACAAGAUGAGCAGCUCCUAGCUUUAUCAGAAAUCACAAGUGAAUUUCUGUCCGACAUGUGUUGUCGAAUUUCCAAGGACACAGUAGCAGCAUUAGUAAAGAGAGGUUACCUGACAGAGAAAAACUGUCUAACAGCUUUUGGACGUCUCCUUCCCAACUAUCAGACAUCAUUUCAUCACCUGCUACUCAUGUUGUCCCAAACGGAUCCUGAGUGGGCUGACAAAGUGAGGAAACAGUUUCCUGACUGAUGGCCGCCGCAAGUCAGUGACCCCCCCCCCUCCCCUCCCCCGUGCUUGGACAGUUUCGUAUGCUUUUUCGAGAAGCCUUUUUGCCUGCAGACCUGCCCCAGUCCCAAUAUUUGGCUUUCCACUGGAGACCCUCAUUCAUUCAUUUCAUUCAUUCAUCCAAGACAGUCCAUCAUUGUUGGCAAACAGACUAUAUUAUUCCCUGUAUUUCCCUCCAGUUUGCAUUGUUCUGUGAAGGUUAUUUUGAUAUCGAUUAUUUUUAUCAUUAAAGAUGCUCUCUUUUCUGUA